AAGCAGCUGGGGCUCCUCCCAGGGUAGCUGUGGGUGGCCACGUUGCCCGGCGACCAGGUGGCAGUGUCCUUUGAGCCGAGACGGCGCAGCUGCGCCCAGCCCUGCCGGCUUCCCCCAGGGACCCCCGGGGCCCUGUCCCUAUUCCCUUAGCCCAGAACAGCUGGUGCUUCUGGUCACAAUGAGCGUCGUUCUGUCCAGGGACAGCCAGGUGAGGGUGAUGGAGGACACGGUGACCAACGCCGAGAAGCACUUGGGCCAGUUCUGCUCGAUGCUGGCUGCCUACACCCGCAAGACGGCCCAGGUGCGGGACAAGGCCGACCGGCUGGUCAAACAGCUCACCGACUUCGCCAACACCGAGCACCCCGACAUGCGGGCCACCUUGAGGAGCUUCGCCGAGGACCUGGCCAAAGUCCAGGAUUACCGGCAGGCCGAGGUCGAGAGGCUGGAGACCAAGGUCAUCAGCCCCCUGCAACUCUACGGGGCCCACACCAAGCGGGCCGAGAUCAAGAAGUUAAAGCAAGUCCAGAAGAACGAGAUCAAGCAACUGGCAAAGCUGGGGAAACUGAGGCAGAAGUCACCGUCGGAUCGGCUAACGAUUAGCCAGGCAGAGACCAGCGUGCAGAGGGCCUCGGCGGAUGCCAGCCACACCACCCACCGGCUGGGGGAGAGGAUUGAAGCCUUCCAGAAGCGGAAGCUGACAGAUCUUCAGAAAAUUUUUUUGGACUUUGUCACUAUUGAGAUGGUCUUACAUGCCAAAGCGGUGGAGGUAUAUUCCAGUGCCUUCCAGACCCUGGAGAACUACGACCCGGAGAGAGACCUCGAGGAUUUUAGAGCCAAGAUGCACGGGCUUUACGGACAUCGCGAUGCUCGGCCACUCACGGACACCGUCUCCUCCCCAGCUGUCCCGUGGUCUCUCACUGGCCAGAGCGCUCAGACCGCCCUACGGGGCGAGAGAAGAGAAGACGAGGAGACUCUGGAAGCCUCUGCCGAGGAAGACCUCAGAGGACGGGGGCGGGCGCUCCAUCAAUAG